AGACUGACGGGCGGGCUGUUAAAUACUCCGUGUCAACUUCUGGCCAUCCAGCGAGUUUGUUCUUGCCCUCGGUAUGAUUGCGUCGACUUUAUUUGCGCUUGCGCUUGUCAGUGCUGUACGAGCACAAACGUCAACGGCUUCGUUGCUGCCCAUUGGCUUCGAAGGAGAUGGACUACAGGGAGAGGUUGUAGGUACCGGAACGGACGGGACUACGUACGUCCUGUCUGGGACGUUUGAUACAUUUUCGAUCCCGUUUACAAUGACACUCGUAGAAGACGCGUCCCACAUCUCCGAAACAGCAAACAUCGCUUCCGAGCUCCUCAUCAACGCCGAAUGUACUCUAUCAGGAAACAACCAAGCGGUGUGUGCUGAGACGAUCGUCGUACCGGGAAGUUCGACGACAGCGAUGUCAUUAACAGGGUCAAUUGAGCUUACACCUAUCGCGUUGGCCUCCAAUACCGGUGGUGCGAAUGGGAGUACACGGAGCCAGGUUACGAUUACGGGUACGGGUACGACUCCGCCAAGUGCGACGGGAGCGUCAACGCUCCCUGCGAGUAUACCUAUCGGGUCGGGUAUUGGGUCUUCGAGCUCGUCUAACGGGAUCCCGUCGCCGAGUAAUACCUCUGGUGCUUCUUCCACCAGAAGAACGACUUUCGCAUUCUCGUUGGGUUUGGUGGCAUUUUGGUUUUUUGGUGCCUUGAUUGAAAUGUGGGCUUGAGAUCGGACUUUAGUGCUUGCAGACUGACAUUGACGUACAAUAUGAUGCUGUCAGUCUCUUGGUCUCGGAGGACUCUGGAUAUGUUGGUUUGUCCUUUAGUUUUAUUAAUUAUUCUGGAUCGGCAGAUGUUGGAAAUAUAAUAUUGCUAGAGCCUG